UUGUCUUAAAGCACACCACAAUGGCUGCGGUCGCCGAUCCCACUGUGCGCAGGUUUAUUCGCUCUUCCUUGCGCGCCUCUCCUCGCUUGGCUAUCGAUGCGGGAGAGAGGAGGAAUCCCCGACCUGUAGCCCCCCGCGCCGCCGCCGACCGAUGAGGCUUCGUCUCGCUGCUGCGGUGGCGGUGACCGCGACGCUGGCCGUCCUCCUCGCUCCCGCCCGAGCAACCGGCUCCGCCUCCACCAUCGCCAUCGCCCACGGCACCGACAUCGUCUGCGGCAUCGUCGCCCGAACCUCCCCCCGGAGCGUCCAGUGCGCCCGGGCUGGCGUCGCCGACGCUCAACCCUUCCCCCUCCUGCCGAACAUCUCCUUCAGUUCCAUCUCCGGCGGCCGCAGCUCCCUCUGCGGCCUGAGUGCCGACGGAACCGCCUUUUUCUGCUGGAACGCCGCGAACUCCUCCUCUGGCACGCUCCCCAGGAAGCGCGUCUACAACGGCCCCGUUGCCCUCGAGGAACUCGCCGUCGGCGAAGCCCAGAUUGCGGCGGUCGACCGCAACCGCACGUUCGUCCAGUGGUGGCGCCAGUACAGGGGCUUCCCUCCCAAUGUCUCCGGCUCCUACAGUUCCGUCACCUCUGGUCGGGACUUCACCUGCGCGGUUAACGCUAGUGGCUCGGUCAACUGUUGGGGGCCGGGCAACCGCACGAUCCAGGACGCCUUCGCCAGCGCCAACAUGUCGACCAUCGUCGCUGGGGACUCCCACGUCUGCGGUAUCGAUGUCGGCGGCAGCCUCAUUUGCGGUGGCAACAACGACACCGGCCAAGCGACCCGGCCCAUGGGCUCCGCGUUCGAGUUCGGAAGCCUCGCGCUGGGUUCGAACCACACUUGCGCCAUCAGGCGAACCAACGGCACGGUGGUCUGCUGGGGCGGGGACACCGGCGGCGAGUACACGCCGACGAAUAGUACGCCGUUCGAGUUCAUCGUCGCCGCUGGCAAUAUCACCUGCGGCCUAACGACGGCGAACUUUAACGUGCUUUGUUGGGGGACGAACAGGAAAGACCCGGCGGUGACUAAGCUUCAGUUGCCGACGCUUCUUCCGGGGGUUUGCACUUCCAGUCAAAGCUCUUGUGGUUGCGGGCUGUUCGCCGAUUCCGAGACCCUGUGUUCGGGUUCUGGAGUUAUAUGCCAGCGAUGUGGUGGUGGAGUCGUGCAACCAAGCCCACGCCCGCCGUCACCGUCAUCGGCACCUUCGACGCCACCAUCGGCCACUUCAUCGACGAAAACUAACAAGAGGUGGCUGGCCUUCGCCAUCAUUGGGUCAGUCGGAACAUUUUCCGGCGUUUGCUCCAUCGUCUACUGCGUAUGGAUUGGUGUUUGCAAGCGCAAGAAGGUGCACAAUUCCGUUCAACCAACGAUUACGGCAGCUGGGAAUGGAGGAUCUCAUGCUGCUUAUUCGUCUGCUACGGGUGCCGGAUCGAUCGUCCCGAGCCCCUUUACGUCCCCUUCUGGGUCGCGGUCCCGAAUUUUCCGGCGACAAGGCUCGCGGGUCAUGCGGCGGCAGAGAAGCGGCCCGUCCUCGUUCAAGGACCGCGCCGAGGAGUUCAGCCUCUCGGAGCUUGCCGCCGCCACCAAAAAUUUCUCCUUGGAGACCAAAAUCGGGGCCGGGAGCUUCGGAACGGUGUACAAGGGGAAACUUCCCGAUGGGCGGGAGGUGGCGAUCAAGAGAAGCGAGACAGGGCCGAGGGCGAAGAAGUUCCAGGAAAAGGAGAGCGCUUUCCAAUCGGAGCUGGCUUUCCUCUCUCGGCUCCACCACAAACACUUGGUCGGCCUGGUGGGCUACUGCGAGGAGAAGGAAGAGAGGCUCCUUGUCUACGAUUACAUGAAGAACGGAGCUCUGUAUGACCAUCUACACCCUAAGAACGGCGAGGAAUCGAGCGUCUUGAAUUCAUGGAAGAUGCGAGUCAAGGUGCUGCUGGAUGCAGCGAGAGGGAUCGAGUAUCUCCACAACUAUGCGGUGCCCCCGAUCAUCCAUCGCGACAUCAAGUCCUCCAACAUAUUGCUCGACGGGAAUUGGGUCGCCCGGGUGUCGGACUUCGGGCUGUCGCUAAUGGGACCGGAGUCGGAGGGGGAGCAUCUGUCGGCGAGGGCGGCGGGAACGAUCGGGUACAUGGACCCCGAGUACUACGGGAUGCACCACCUGACGGUGAAGAGCGACGUUUACGGGCUCGGAGUGGUGAUGCUCGAGGCGCUCACCGGCAAAAAUGCAAUCUUUAAGGACGAGGACGGGAAUCCGACCAGCGUCGUCGACUAUGCGGUGCCCUGCGUCGUGGCAGGCGAGGUCGGCAAGGAGCUCGACGCAAGAGUGGGGCAGCCAGGCUUGCACGAAGCCGAGGCGGUGGAGCUGGUGGCCUACACCGCCGUGCAUUGCGUCAACCUCGAGGGGAAGGAUCGACCAAGCAUGACCGACAUCGUCGCCAACCUCGAGAGCGCGCUCGCACUCUGCGAGGAGAGCCAUGGGAGCAUCUCCAGUGCAAGCAUGUCCUUUGCAUCGGCAGACUGACGUGAUAUAUCGCACAUUGAUUGAUACCUUGUUCAUCGAUGUUUGUAAAUGGAUUCUUCCAACUUCUUUGCUCGGAAUCGUAGUCCAAUCUCAAUUAACAUUGAAAGCUGAGACACACCGGAAGAGGAUUCCGACACCUGUUUGAUGAAUUGACGCACGUCUCUUUCGAUUCCAAGCAUUGUUCGUCGAUUACCGCGACGACGAGUCAAGUUCUUGGCUUGUGCUGGACUUUUCGGGUCAACGGAUGCGACGUACAUGCUGAAGCCAUCAAAACGGAGACGAAGACGGAGUCUAAUUGGCACGGUGGAGGGAUUGGGGUCCUCAAUCUCGUGUAAGGGGAUGGAAUUGGCACACAAGUCAACCGAAGCAGGUGGGUAGCUGCUGGCGAUUUCAAAUGCCUUUGGUGGAUGACAUGAAUUUGGCGAGUAAAAAUGGCAGCCGACAGUCGAGAAUUGGAGGAUCUGCUGAUAGCAUAGCAACUGAUAAAGAAACAUGAACCCUGCAGAAUUCAAGUCUUUGUGGCCUUUGACAAAUGAGAUCAUAUCGAGUUGAAUCAACUCGAGGUUCAAACCAAUCUGUCAGGUAUUAGCACAUCGAAGAAGAAGAUCCUCCCUGGAAGCUUGGAUUUAAUUGCAUAAUCCAGUGAAAUUUAAGUUACGAUGGGAAACACAAGCUUCUUCAUCUCAAGGCUGCACCAUGACGUACUUCGUCAAGCGUCUUCAGACAUGGCUCGAGGGGAAGCGGGUAAACCUUCCUUCUGACUUUGCUGCUACUUUUCUGCAGCGAGAUUGCGUGCUGUCUGUGGGGUCCCGUGGAGUGCUAAGAAUCAUCUGCUUUUUUCCUUCUGCAUCAUUCUUACCUAGAGCGCGACUGGUGCUCGAUGUAUUGCGUCAAUGAAAGCUUCCGUUAUUUA